AUGGAUGCUGCAUUCUGCAGUAGUGGAAGCAUUUUGGCAUCAGAAAGCGCCGGUCAGGAGGCUGGCGACCAGGACCAUGCUGCUGCAGAUCACUCCUCCGUUUUAAACCACGUAGUCAUCGCGAUUCUAGGCACCAUCUUGAUUUUGACUUUGAUUUUCGAGCUGGCACACGAGACCAUCGUCGAAGCCCUCGAGGAAAAACAUCUACACCAUGCUCUUGAGGUCGUCAGCGCUGUGAACAAAGAGAUGACCAUCCUUGGUUUCAUUUCUCUAUUAUUGUUUGCAAUGACAAGAUUUGGCUACCUAAUGCAAGCAAGCGAUAAUUUACUGGGACAGACAGAGCUCGAGAGGAUCGGAAUCGAGGAAAUGAAAGAAGAAGGAGGGAACCCGUAUACCGCCCCAACGCCGCUGUUCGAACUCUUCGAAGACGUACACAUCACGGUCUUUUUUUUUAUGGUCACCUUCUUCUUCGCUAUUGCCUUGUUGCUAGCGGCCGCAGUAAUCGAAACCUCCCGAUGGAGAAAAUACGAAGGGGUUGAUUUCAUGGAGCUACGGAAGAAAGUGGAAGAUGGGAGCGUGUCGACCGGCCACCUCAAGUUUUGGUUCUUGAGGUAUAAAUUCGUCAACCCAACGAACCCACUUCUCGCUCACCCAAAAGCAGGCUUCUCAUUUGGCGAGUAUCUCUCUGAGAGGCUGACGGCCGUAGUUGUCAAACUCGUAGAAGUUUCGCCAUCAACAUGGAUUAUCAUAAUGGCCUUCGCUCUGCUCGUUCGGCCAGUACUGGCUUUCGGCCCGAGAGAUACUGUGAAGUUUUUCUUUGGUCUGGCUGGAGUUUUGGCAUUCUGCACGGUUCUCCUCUACCUCUACCUCUCCAGAUUGCUAUCACAGCUGUGGCCUGGGAGCGUUGCUGUGGCCGACCAUAUCCAGAAUGUGACCAAGCCUGGCUACCACGGCAGUCCUGGAGAAGCUCCCAUUGAAGGAAGCGAUCCCGUAGUGAAGAACAAUGCAUUUUGCGCCUUCGUGCAAGGGGCAAAGGCAGUUAACUGCCAAGAAGCUCUGUUCCUUUUCGGAUCGAAGGGGCCGAAAGUCAUGCAGGCUACCAUUCAGCUGAUCAUCUUCGCCCAUGUUGUUACGAUUGCCUGUUUGGCGAAAAUGAUGCUCUCUGGCCACUCGCAGCACGUCAUCUUCGAGCCUAUGGGUUAUUGGACUGGCUACGUUCCGCUGUUGAUUAUCGCUGCGAGCCUCUCAGUUUUCCCUAGCAUCACAUCGAUGUUCUGCACUUUCACAAGCGUGGGAUAUUUCGCCGACAACGAGGCUCUCAGGCGAAGCAGUGACAAACUUCAGCGACGAAAGCUUGCCCGCUAUUACCAGAUUCUCAUCUUCCUCCAGCACAAGGCAAACGUCUUUUUUGCGCGUCAGCGGAACAAUAUCCAGGAUGAGAUUAGCCGGGCAAAAGAGGUGUAUACAUCUUUACCUGUGGAGACUCAGCGGGGCUACCAGGAUAUCUUCCACGCUUUUUCGGCAAACGGCAGGCAGCCCAGAAUUCCCCUAUCGAACCUGUUCCUUAUGAUGACCGCCUUUGAGCUCGACCAGCGGGUUCCUGAUUGCAGACGGAAGAUAAAUGAAUGGAUGGCGAUCUUGGAUACUGAUAAGAAGGGAGAGUUGGUAUUUCCCCAGUUUGUCACAGUGAGUUUCGAUGAGACCGUCGCGCCGUUAUCGCCCGCAAAGUAUCAGGAAUUGCAGAUCGUGCUCUUUCUCUUACAAGACGACAUCCCUGAAAUGAAGAACAAAGCUUUGGAAGAGCAACGCCUUAACUUUCAUCAGACCGCAACUGCUUGCCAGGAAGAGCUGCUUGAUCAACUGCAGGGUAUCAAACCGCCUGUCUCAAUCAGUGAAGCAACAGAGCUUAUGGCUGAUAUAGCCGGAGGUCGUUACGGUGAACUCGUGAGGCCUCAGCAGCUUUUUACUUGGGUUCGUGCUACGGAGGAGCAGGCACGAACACUUCUUCCUCAAGGGAAAGAACCUCACCACUAA